AUGCAUCAGGGCCAGCUGUUAAUUGAGUCUUUAAUGCAGUCACAGAUGAUCAGGAUGAGCGUCAGUUUAGACUCAGAACAAGAGCAGCAGGAUGAUUUUGAACCUGAGACACAGCCUGAAUCCGACCAGGUGACGCCGGGGACGGGGACUGAACCCCCACAGUCUCUCAUCGAGCUCCGCAUAAUGCAGGUCCACAACAGGCGUGAUAUUCUGCUGGAGAUGCAGCGCAUCAGGAAGAAGGCCGGGGACGGGGGUGUCUGUACCACAGAGGGAAUGUCGUCAGUAACCUGCAAGGACGGCGACCACCUGUGUGAGCUGGAGGCCGUCCAGAAGGAGCUGGAGGAGCUGGAGGACAUGCUGGUUAAAAUGGAGAUACGGGGAAAUGACCCCAAUGUUGAAGCAAAUGGAGGUCAACUGCAUGCAUGGCAGACCCGACCCCAUGGGGGCAUCUACAUGCUACCACCGCUUCCCAAGCAGGAACCGGAGGACGUUACACCGGAGACAACCGAAGAAACUAGUCCUGUGGAAGAAAGCCAACCAACAGGCCCGGUCGCUCCAGGUCAACUGGCUGCAUGGCCCACUCUUUAUAAAACUGACCGACCGACCGAAGAAACUAGUCCUGUGGACGAAAGCCAACCAACAAGCCCGGUCGUUCCAGCGAACUAUCUGGGUGUAAAACCAGAGGUCACCAAGUGUCCAUUCUGUGAAGAGGUCGUCGUCACAGAAACCAGCAGCAAACUGGGCGAGACGACGUGGAUCACUUGCUGCAUCUGCGCCUUGAGCGGAGGUUUCCUCGGCUGCUGUCUCCUUCCUUUCUUCAUGACCCAGAUGAAAGACAUCCACCACCGAUGUCCCCAGUGCAAGGCCAAAAUACACACCCACGAGCCAUUGUGACAUGGAGGUUACUACAUUAACAGCACUGAUGUGAUUUGUAAAGUGCAAUCCACGAGUGUCCACGUCUGGUGGUCUCUGGGACUCGGCCUGGACUGAUGUUGGUCAUGUGCCUGGAGUCGACUGCAGCGAUGGUACAAACUGAUCAAGCGGAUCGGAAAAGCUACUGUAUGUUUGUCUCGCACUCUGUGACCGCCGGCCUUCGUUUGCCUACCAGAAUAUCUGCAUAGCAUGGACUUCAUUUAGCAUGCAAAUACAAACCCUGCUAUUCAAAGCACUGCACACUUUUAGGAUGUUUAAACUAGUUAAAGGGGAAGUCCGGAUAAUUUGAAGUGGGAUUAGGUAAGGUAUUUAUAGUCAGUGUGUUACCUACAGUGGAUAUCAGUUUGGAGAAGCUACAAAACGUAUCCCAGCCACCUAAAAGAAAGGCCAUCCUAAAAAUAAAUCUAAAAUCGGUUAAAGUGCACACCAUCUUUGGGAUAUUUUCACCCCUAAACUUGCUCCGACAUCCCUUUGACAGGAAAAUGAAGCCGUUAUCUAAGCUGUCUUCAAAGCCACCAGACUCCAUUGACAAAAACAGUAAUUGAACCCAAAAUUAGUUUAUUGUGUGACUUUGGUGAAAACUAACUAGUUUUGUCAAAGGAGUCUGGUGGCUUUGAAGACAUUAUAGAUAACGGCUAAACUGAUUUAGAUUUUUAGUUUUGCUGCUGCCCUGUUUUCAGCAGUACAUUGCUUUGCAAUCCUGUCGGUUUCUCCAAACUGCGUUUGUGCCGACCAUCUACUGCAGGUUCUUAUCCACAGUCCAAAAUAUCCCUUAAAAUGCGUCAGAUUCUAAUAACUCCAAACAAACUGAUCCCUACAUUUAAAAAGGAUGUUUCUGCUGCCAACAUCAGGAUACAGCUGCAUGGAGGUCAUGACUGCGCCUCUCCUUGUUUCAGCCGUAACAAUUCAAAUGUUGAUUCUUCCGUUUUCUGUAUUCUCGCUGUUUAUUGGAAAUAUUGUGAUAUAUUAAAACAGAUGUGCAUUAUUCUGUAAUAACGUUCUGCAGAGGCUUUCACAGUACACCACAUUUUAUUGACACGUAAAGGCAUACAGUACUUAUAUACAUCUUUUAGAGUAUUUACAAAAUAGAGAACCCAUGGAUGUUACACAUGUAGAAAAAUAUGCAUUACAUCUAUAUAAAUAUGUACACAAUGUGCAAAACAUAUGGCAUACAGACAACAAGAGGCAUGGCGAGGGUGGUGGAGAUGCAGAGGAGAGUCCGCUACAAUGAACGAUGGAAAUGUCCCCAAAACAUAAACGAUUGCAAUGAAACGUCUCGUCUGAUUUGAAGUUCAGCUUCUACACAAACGUUUACAUGAAGAUAAAUGCUGCAGCUGAAGCGAGUCAACACCUUCCAACUCCAACUAGGAAAGAAGAGACGGCGACAGGACGUGCCGCUAAAACCACUCAGAUAUUAAGUGCUUUUGAAAUCAGAAACUGUAUGGUAGUUAUAUUAAUGAAACCAGGUCUGACAGACAUUAUAUUAAGGGAGAGCAGACAUUAUUGCUUUUCCCUGUCUGGAAAAAAACC